AUGUCGAAAAGUAAGGUGGCGAGUGGCCAGAGGCGGCGCGUGGGCGCAGGCAUCAACGCGCUGGCGCCGCUGGACGAGACGGCGGGCGCCGCCGGCGGCGACCACGACCACGACCACCACCACCACCACACGCACGUCUCCAGGCUCGACGUCGUCUGCGACGCCACCUCCAUGACCGUCACGCUCGACUUCGACGGUCCCUUCAACGGCGUCGUCUACAGCAAGGGCCACUUCAGCGACUCACGCUGCAGAUACGUGAAAGCUGGGAGCAACAAAUCUUCCUUCAAGUUCAACAUUCCAGUCAAAGGCUGUGGAACGGUUCCUUCAGGAGGAUUCGGCAAAACAGUCGACAAUAUCAUCGUCAUCCAGACAGAAGAUGACGUACAGGAGGCGUGGGACAUCGCUCGCAAGGUGUCGUGCGCCACGGCCAGCCUGCAGGAGAAGACGGUGCUCUUCCGGCCGUUCGUCGUCGACAUGCUCGAGGUGGUCUCCGUGCCGGUGACUACGGGCACCGUCGACUGCUGGAUGGACAUCCGCCGCGGCUACUUCCCCAACACGUCUCCGCUCGGGGAGAUCAUCAAGAUUGGGGAGCCGCUGACGGUGCUGGUGUACAUCAAGGACAGCGAGCGACGCUACGACGUGCGCGUGCGCGACUGCUGGGCCUACGACAGCGAGGACUACGAGGCGGCCGACACGCAGAAGCUGCAGCUCACCGGCCCCGACGGCUGCCCAAAGAAACGAAAGCUGAUCGGCUACUGGCAGACAACAACAGAUGUCGGAAAGACGGAUGCGAGUAUAAUUGCUUACAACAACAUUUCGGCUUUCAAGUUUCCUGACAGAAUGCAAGUCUACCUAACUUGUAACAUAGAGAUAUGCUCCGGACAAUGCACUGGGAAGUGUCAAGAAACCCAGAUAACAACAGUACAAACAGAGUUACCACCAAAUUGCUACCCUGGUGCCACUGAUCCUCGAUGCCCCAUCCCAACUACCCAGCAAAUUCCGACACCAUCACGAUGUUAUCCAGGUUCACUAGACCCUAGAUGCCCUCAAACACCUACAACCACAACUCAAAGACCUCAAUGCUACCCAGGAUCUACAGACCCCAGAUGUCCACAAUACACUACUACGACUCCUACCCCCUACCCAAGAUGUUUCCCAGGCUCAACUGAUCCAAGAUGUCCAAGAACAACUACUCAGCCACCUACAAGACAACCAUCUUGUUACCCAGGAUCGCCAGAUCCCCGAUGCCCUGCAACAACCACCCCACCAGCUAGAUGUUACCCGGGAUCUACAGAUCCCAGAUGUCCAAGGCCUACUACUACAACUUCAACACAACCCCCUCCACGCUGCUAUCCUGGAUCUCUUGAUCCCAGGUGCCCACAAACAACUACAUUUGCACCACCAACUACCACUCGCAAACCAGUUUGCUAUCCGGGAUCAACUGAUCCAAGAUGUCCGAGAACAACCACUACUUACCGACCAACUACUACUACUGAAAGGCCACUUGUUUGCUAUCCUGGUUCUACAGAUCCCCGAUGCCCCAAACCUCCAACCACUCCUAGGUGCUAUCCAGGCUCUACAGACCCACGCUGCCCACCACCACAAACAACACCAGCAAUUCCUGUCUGUUAUCCAGGGUCAACAGAUCCACGCUGUCCUCAGACAACCUUGAUACCCAGAACAAGUACUCCAGGUAGCACAUACCUCCCACCUACCACGACUGAGAGGCCGCUGGUCUGCUAUCCAGGCUCAACUGACCCAAGAUGUCCAAGACCAACCACUCAACCGCCUACUAGGCAACCAUCUUGCUACCCAGGAUCACUAGAUCCUAGGUGCCCAACAACAACGACACCACCAGCACGGUGUUACCCAGGCUCUACAGAUCCGAGAUGCCCUAGACCCACCACUACAACUUCAACACAACCCCCUCCACGCUGCUAUCCUGGAUCUCUUGACCCCAGGUGCCCAAAAACCACUGCAUUUGUACCAUCCACAACAACUGCUAGACCUCCCUGCUAUCCAGGCUCAACUGAUCCAAGGUGCCCCAAACCGACCACCACAUAUCGACCACCUACUACUACAGAACGCCCACUUGUUUGUUAUCCUGGUUCUACUGAUCCCCGUUGUCCAAAAACUCCUACAACACCAAGAUGUUUUCCUGGCUCAACAGAUCCCCGCUGCCCACAACCUACUACAAGGCCAACUACUCCAGGUAGCACUUACCUACCACCAGUUACCACAACCGUACGACAACCUACCUGUUACCCAGGUUCUCUAGAUCCCCGUUGUCCAAGACCAACUACAACCUCAACUCCACCCCCACGAUGCUACCCAGGAUCUACAGAUCCCAGAUGUCCUAAAACAACUACCACCACCCCUGCACCAAGAUGUUUCCCAGGAUCUACGGACCCAAGAUGUCCUAAACCAAUCACUACCACGACCACAACAACUCCAUUACGCUGUUAUCCCGGCUCUCUAGAUCCUCGCUGUCCACAGACUACAACAUAUGCACCACCUACCACUACUCCAAGACUUGUUUGUUAUCCUGGUUCAACUGACCCUAGGUGUCCCAGACCUACCACUACAUACCGACCACCUACUACAACAGAGCGCCCACUUGUUUGUUAUCCUGGUUCAACUGAUCCUCGUUGUCCAAAACCUCCCACAACACCAAGGUGCUUCCCAGGUUCGACUGAUCCAAGAUGUCCACCACCGUAUACAACACCAAGCACACCGGUGUGUUACCCAGGAUCGCCAGAUCCACGCUGUCCACAAACGACCACCAGACCUAGAACAAGUACUCCAGGUAGCACAUACCUCCCACCACCUACAACUAUUAAGCCUCCAAUCUGCUACCCAGGCUCAACUGAUCCAAGAUGUCCAAGAACAACUACUCAGCCACCUACAAGACAACCAUCUUGUUACCCAGGAUCACCAGAUCCCCGAUGCCCUGCAACAACCACCCCACCAGCUAGAUGUUACCCAGGAUCUACAGAUCCCAGAUGUCCAAGGCCUACUACUACAACUUCAACACAACCCCCUCCACGCUGCUAUCCUGGAUCUCUUGAUCCCAGGUGCCCACAAACAACUACAUUUGCACCACCUACCACCACUCGCAAACCAGCUUGCUAUCCGGGAUCAACUGAUCCAAGGUGCCCAAGAACAACCACUACUUAUCGACCAACUACUACUACUGAAAGGCCACUUGUUUGUUAUCCAGGUUCUACAGAUCCCCGAUGUCCCAAACCUCCAACCACUCCUAGGUGCUAUCCAGGCUCUACAGACCCACGCUGCCCACCUAGCACAUACCUCCCACCACCCACAACUAUUAAGCCUCCAGUAUGCUACCCAGGCUCAACUGACCCAAGAUGUCCAAGACCAACCACUCAACCGACCACUAGGCAACCAUCUUGCUACCCGGGUUCACUAGAUCCUCGAUGCCCAACAACAACGACACCACCAGCACGGUGUUACCCAGGCUCUACAGAUCCGAGAUGCCCUAGACCCAUCACUACAACUUCAACACAACCCCCUCCACGCUGCUAUCCUGGAUCUCUUGACCCCAGGUGCCCAAAAACCACUGCAUUUGUACCAUCCACAACAACUGCUAGACCCCCCUGCUAUCCAGGCUCAACUGAUCCAAGGUGCCCCAAACCAACCACCACAUAUCGACCACCUACUACUACAGAACGCCCACUUGUUUGUUAUCCUGGCUCAACAGAUCCUCGCUGUCCACAACCUACCACAAGGCCAACUACCCCAGGUAGCACUUACCUACCACCAAUUACGACAACUGUGCGACAACCUACCUGUUACCCAGGUUCUCUAGAUCCCCGUUGCCCAAGACCAACUACAACCACAACUCCACCCCCACGAUGCUACCCAGGAUCUACAGAUCCCAGAUGUCCUAAAACAACUACCACCACCCCUGCACCAAGAUGUUUCCCAGGAUCUACGGACCCAAGAUGUCCUAAACCAAUCACUACCACGACCACAACAACUCCAUUACGCUGUUACCCAGGCUCUCUAGAUCCUCGGUGUCCACAGACUACAACAUAUGCACCACCUACCACUACUCCAAGACUUGUUUGUUAUCCUGGUUCAACUGACCCUAGGUGUCCCAGACCUACCACUACAUACCGACCACCUACUACAACAGAGCGCCCACUUGUAUGUUAUCCUGGUUCAACUGAUCCUCGUUGUCCAAAACCUCCCACAACACCAAGGUGCUUCCCAGGUUCGACUGAUCCAAGAUGUCCACCACCAUAUACAACACCAAGCACACCUGUGUGUUACCCAGGAUCGCCAGAUCCACGUUGUCCACAAACGACCACGAGACCUAGAACAAGUACUCCAGGAAGCACAUAUCUCCCACCACCUACAACUAUUAAGCCUCCUGUCUGCUACCCAGGCUCAACUGAUCCAAGAUGUCCAAGAACAACUACUCAGCCACCUACAAGACAACCAUCUUGUUACCCUGGAUCACCAGAUCCCAGAUGCCCAGCAACAACCACCCCACCAGCUAGAUGUUACCCAGGAUCUACAGAUCCCAGAUGUCCAAGGCCUACUACUACAACUUCAACACAACUCCCUCCACGCUGCUAUCCUGGAUCUCUUGAUCCCAGGUGCCCACAAACAACCACAUUUGCACCACCUACCACCACUCGCAAACCAGUUUGCUAUCCAGGAUCGACUGAUCCAAGGUGCCCAAAGACGACGACUACUUACCGACCAACUACUACUACUACGGAAAGGCCACUUGUUUGCUAUCCGGGUUCUACAGAUCCCCGAUGUCCCAAACCUCCAACCACUCCUAGGUGCUAUCCAGGCUCUACAGACCCACGCUGCCCACCACCACAAACAACACCAGCAACUCCUGUCUGUUAUCCAGGCUCAACAGAUCCACGCUGUCCUCAGACAACUUUGAUACCCAGAACAAGUACUCCAGGUAGCACAUACCUCCCACCACCAACAACUCUUAAGCCUCCAGUUUGCUACCCAGGCUCAACUGAUCCAAGAUGUCCAAGAACAACUACUCAGCCACCUACGAGACAACCAUCAUGCUACCCAGGAUCACCAGAUCCCAGAUGCCCAGCAACAACCACCCCACCAGCUAGAUGUUACCCGGGAUCUACAGAUCCCAGAUGUCCAAGGCCUACUACUACAACUUCAACACAACCCCCUCCACGUUGCUAUCCUGGAUCUCUUGACCCCAGGUGCCCAAAAACCACUGCAUUUGUACCAUCCACAACAACUGCUAGACCUUCCUGCUAUCCAGGCUCAACUGAUCCAAGGUGCCCCAAACCGACCACCACAUAUCGACCACCUACUACUACAGAACGCCCACUUGUUUGUUAUCCUGGUUCUACAGAUCCCCGUUGUCCAAAACCUCCUACAACACAAAGAUGUUUUCCUGGCUCAACAGAUCCCCGCUGCCCACAACCUACCAUAAGGCCAACUACCCCAGGUAGCACUUAUCUACCACCAGUUACCACAACUGUACGACAACCUACCUGUUACCCAGGUUCUCUAGAUCCCCGUUGUCCAAGACCAACUACAACCACAACUCCACCCCCACGAUGCUACCCAGGAUCUACAGAUCCCAGAUGUCCUAAAACAACUACCACCACCCCUGCACCAAGAUGUUUCCCAGGAUCUACGGACCCAAGAUGUCCUAAACCAAUCACUACCACGACCACAACUCCAUUACGCUGUUAUCCCGGCUCUCUAGAUCCUCGCUGUCCACAGACUACAACAUAUGCACCACCUACCACUACUUCAAGACUUGUUUGUUAUCCUGGUUCAACUGACCCUAGGUGUCCCAGACUUACCACUACAUACCGACCACCUACUACAACAGAGCGCCCACUUGUUUGUUAUCCUGGUUCAACUGAUCCUCGUUGUCCAAAACCUCCCACGACACCAAGGUGCUUCCCAGGUUCGACUGAUCCAAGAUGUCCACCACCGUAUACAACACCAAGCACACCGGUCUGUUACCCAGGAUCGCCAGAUCCACGCUGUCCACAAACGACCACCAGACCUAGAACAAGUACUCCAGGUAGCACUUACCUUCCACCACCUACAACUAUUAAGCCUCCAGUCUGCUACCCAGGCUCAACUGAUCCAAGAUGUCCAAGAACAACUACUCAGCCACCUACAAGACAACCAUCUUGUUACCCUGGUUCACCAGAUUCCAGAUGCCCAGCAACAACCACCCCACCAGCUAGAUGUUACCCAGGAUCUACAGAUCCCAGAUGUCCAAGGCCUACUACUACAACUUCAACACAACCCCCUCCACGCUGCUAUCCUGGAUCUCUUGAUCCCAGGUGCCCACAAACAACUACAUUUGCACCACCAACCACCACUCCCAAACUAGUUUGCUAUCCAGGAUCGGCUGAUCCAAGGUGUCCAAGAACAACCACUACUUACCGACCAACUACUACUACUGAAAAGCCACUUGUUUGUUAUCCUGGUUCUACUGAUCCCCGUUGUCCAAAACCUCCUACAACACCAAGAUGUUUUCCUGGCUCAACAGAUCCCCGCUGUCCACAACCUACCACAAGGCCAACUACUCCAGGUAGCACUUACCUACCACCAGUUACCACAACUGUACGACAACCCAUCUGUUAUCCAGGUUCUCUAGAUCCCCGUUGUCCAAGACCAACUACAACCACAACUCCACCCCCACGAUGCUACCCAGGAUCUACAGAUCCCAGAUGUCCUAAAACAACUACCACCACCCCUGCACCAAGAUGUUUCCCAGGAUCUACAGAUCCAAGAUGUCCUAAACCAAUCACUACCACAACCACAACAACUCCAUUACGCUGUUUCCCUGGAUCUUUAGAUCCUCGCUGUCCACAGACUACAACAUAUGCACCACCUACCACUACUCCAAGACUUGUUUGUUAUCCUGGUUCAACUGACCCUAGGUGUCCCAGACCUACCACCACAUACCGACCACCUACUACAACAGAGCGCCCACUUGUUUGUUAUCCUGGUUCAACUGAUCCUCGUUGUCCAAAACCUCCCACAACACCAAGGUGCUUCCCAGGUUCGACUGAUCCAAGGUGUCCACCACCGUAUACAACACCAAGCACGCCUGUGUGUUAUCCAGGAUCGCCAGAUCCACGUUGUCCACAAACGACCACGAGACCUAGAACAAGUACUCCAGGAAGCACUUACCUUCCACCACCUACAACUAUUAAGCCUCCAGUCUGCUACCCAGGCUCAACUGAUCCCAGAUGUCCAAGAACAACUACUCAGCCACCUACAAGACAGCCAUCAUGUUACCCAGGUUCACUGGAUCCUCGAUGCCCUAGGCCAACAACAACCACAACAAGAACCACUAGUCUUCAGUGCUACCCUGGCUCCUCUGAUCCUAGGUGUCCACAAACUUCUACUCCUUACCCCAUCCCCACAACAACUGUUAGACUUGUAUGUUAUCCUGGAUCCUCCGACCCAAGAUGUCCUAGGCCUACAACUACUACAUUUCCACCACCUCAAUGCUAUCCUGGCUCUCCAGAUCCACGAUGCCCACAAACCACUACCGAACGUGCUCCAAUAUGUUAUCCAGGUUCACCUGAUCCGCGGUGUCCUAAAAUACCGUUAAUACCUACAACUAUAGCACCACCUACAUUUACAACACCAUUCUACUGUCCAUGUCUUACAGAACAUCCUCCAGAAUGUUUUCCAGGUAGUCUUGAUCCAAGGUGUCCAACGACAACUAAGAAACCUAUUUUACCUCCAAUAUGUUUUCCGGGUUCAAAUGAUCCUAGAUGCCAAACUUCACCCCCGUACACAACCUCAUCACCACUAUGCUUCCCUGGGUCCCCAGAUCCAAGAUGCUCAACAGUACCUCGGACAUCAACUCCUGGUCCAAGUUAUUUACCACCUGUUGUCUCAACCACAGUUGGAGUAAAGCCAGAGGUACCAUCUGGCUGCUAUCCAGGGUCCCCAGACAAGAACUGUGCAGCUGACAGCACAAUAAAUAUUGAAACAGAUGUGAAACCCCCUAAAUGUUUCCCUGGAACAGAUGAUGCAGACUGUUUUGAUGGAGAAGAUGGUUCUGCUAUAUUUCCUAUAAUAAGGACAACAACAAGGCAAUCUGUACCAGUAGUUUCCAAGGAUGACUUUCAUGGAAAGGAUCAAGAUCCUAGAUACCAUGCAUUCCAUUCAUGGCUGUUUGAACCUCAAAAAAUUGGUCGCAGGCGUAAAAUUUUUCAUCGCAGCAUUGAUGAAGAAAACAUUUCUCAAACACAUCACGUGACCAAACGGGAAGUUGAGCAGCAAGUUGUUGCCAUAACAAUCGGAGUACGUGGGCUUAUGGUUGGCACUGAAAAUGAUCUUCGGUCACAUUCACUAGUUAAACGAGAUCUUCAAUAUGAUGUCCAUCCUCAACAAGUUCAAGGAGAGCUCACAAAUACAUCAGUUACAAUUGUAGCUACAGUUGCAGUAAUAAUUAGUGCAGUUGCAGCUGUUUCAUACAUUUUUUUAAGAAUUCAUAAAAAUCGCAACAAACAGCGAUCAGAAAGGGUUAUAACAACUAUGCCGGAACUGAAAUAGCGAUUCAAAUCAACAAAUCUGUCUUUUCUAAGAGUUUCUACAAAGAAACACUCAAAAGUGCAUCUUUUACUUUAACAAUUUGUGGUAUAAGUUAUGUGUAAUAUUUAUUCUCCAUUAUAUGGAGCUUGUAGCCUGACUUACACCACAAAUCCAGUACCUACAUGUCUUCAAGAGAAAACUGGUUUUGUGCAAACACACAAUAAAUUUUUAUAUAAAUUGUUCCUAAAUUAAAGCACAGGCAGUGUGUAUUUUAUACAUUAUAGAAAAACAAAAAUAAUAUUUUUAUGUGUGGACACAUUCAUAUGAGAUAAAAGGUGAUUAUUGCAGAAGUUUGAUUGUGAAAUUGUCAUCAAAUUGCUUCACUCUCAGGGAGUUUUCACAGAACAAUAAAAAUUUGUGCUCUUAGAUAAUAGCAGAUAAUAUCUUCCAUUGCAUAUUGAGUUACUGAUACACUCAAUAUUCAAAUUAUGAUAAAAGUAAUGCUUUUUAUCCUACUUUUGCUCUACUAAAUUGAAGUUUUUUAAUCUGGCUGAGACAGUUCUUCAGCAUUAAAUAUGAAAGCUUUAAAAAGAAUUGAAAGCAAAAAGCACAAAUUAAUGUCUCUAAAAUUUAUAGCAAGACUUUUGUCCUGAGCACAAAUUAAUAUGGCAAACAAAAACUUCUCUAAACAACAGACGUAAGACUGAACCUCUAUGACAGAUUAAAUCUGUGCACCCAGGUACAUUGGCUUCUGCUAAAUGUUCACUGGCUACUGCUAACCCAGUGCCUCAGUUCUCUUCCUGAAAACUCUGAGCACAUAUGCAUAAAAUCAAGUUAUAAUCUCAAUUUGCUGAGGUGCUUCAGUCUCUCAUGAAGGUUCACUCAAGUGCACACUUUGUGACAUAAUGGAAUAUUCAUUCAGAAACUCUGACAUAAACAUUUGUUUCUCCAAAAUAUUGUAUACCUUAAGAAAACUGUAUACCUGUGCCAUAACUUAGCCAAUUUUCAAAUACAGAAUUACAGUAUCUAAGUGAAAAUCCAGUUUUAUAUUGCAACACAUAUAAAAAUUUCAUCAAAUACUUAAAUAAAAUUGGUGACUCUGCUGUAAUGUACUCAUUUCUCCAGUUAUACAAAAGUACCUUCGUUUACUAAGUAUUGUGUAAUACUUCUAUUUUGCUACAGUUCAAACAACCAAACCUCAAAAGUAUUGCUGAAACAACUUAAACUCUACAUUACCAUAUUUUCUUACCAUAAGGAAGGCAUGUUGAGUUGCAGACAGGCAAAAUUAACAGACACUUACACAAAGCUUUUGGCCACAGCCUUCAUCAGCAAAAGAGAAACACAGAUCAUUCAUACCCAUAAGCAAACACACCUCACACCAACUCUCGCAGCUCGGACCAGAAUGCCUUUAGGUGAUGAAAGCUGUGGCUGAAAGCUUUGAGUAACUGUCCUUUAAUUGUGCCUGCCUGCAACUUAAUGUGUCUUCUUUAGAGUAAGUAGCAAUCUAUCUUUACCUGAAUUGCUGAUACCACUACCUGGAGUUUCCAUUGUUUGAUUUUACCAUAGUUUCUUGUUUGCGGUAAACUUAGUGGAAAUAAAAAUCCAACAAAGUGAUAUUUUAAAAUAAGUAAAGCUGCUGGUGACUCAAAAACUUAGUGCUCAUUCUCUUCUUUCUGUGGGAUAAAUUCUAGAUGUUCUC